CGUAUAUAAAUAUGAUACUUCGCAUCUCUCUCCACAACCAUAUCCAAUCAUCCAAUCGGAAAAGCUUUCAUCAUCUAAGGUUUUCAGAGAAGAACACUUGAACCGUAGAGUACUGCAUUGUUGUGGUUUUCCGUGUGUCUGUAUUUUAGGCUCUUUUUGUUGUGUAUGCGAUUGGAGAGCAUUUUUUCACGGCGGAGUUCGGCUUGGAGGAGCUGAUCGGAGGAAGCUGCUUGCGGAAGUGAUCGGAAUCUAAAGUUCGUUAUUUUGGAAGUUUCUUUUCUUUUUCUUUUUUUUUUUUCUUUGUUUUGUUUUGGGUUGUUUUGUUUUGUGUUGUUUUGUUUUGGUCUGUGGUAGUUGUUGUUUGCAUGUGUGGUUUUCUCUUUUCUGUGAUUUUUUGAGUGACUAGAAUUUGGGAGCGUUCGGAGGGAAUUUUAUUUACUAGAAGUUAGAAGGAAAACACAAGCUUUUUGCCAUUUGAUUAUGGGAGUGGUAGAGAUUGGAAAAAAUGAACUUCUUCUUGCUGUGGAAUUGGUUUCAUUGACAAUUUUGAUUAUAGCAAUACUGCUAUAUGUGUUUAAGAUGCUCGAUAUUUAUGCCCAUGCAUGUAUACAUGUAUUAGUUGGAUGAAUGUUUAGUUCUGAAUUUGGAAUUCUGACUUGUGAUCUUCUUUCAAGUGAAAUUGGCUUCCAAAAUGUUGAUUGAUUAAUUUUUAUUAAGUGGCUGAUUUGUAUUAGAAGUUUUACUUUGCUUGCUCAUAGGGUGAUUGUACCAUUAACCAGCACCCUAACUUAGUAGCUAACGCCACCUAUCUGGGACAAAAAUUUAAGGAUCCAGUUCGCUAAGCAUUGAUGCUGAAAAUACUGAUUAUGUAGUUGCUGCUGAUACAUAGUUAAUUAUUCAUUGUUACUUUCAGUAUGCAACUCUGUUGCACUGGGCCCUUCCUUUUCUUGUGAAUGUUCUGACACUUUUCACAGCCAAAAGUUUCCUGCUCAUCACAUUUCAAUAACACUGGUUGGGACUAACAUUCUCAAGUUUGGUCUUCUUUGCGUAUUGGAAGCUCUCUUGUCACCACUGCUGGAAGGACAAAGGGUGUUCUGAUUAUUUGAAAAUCUACAAAUAUUUAAAUGCCUCAAUCAAUGGGUCAUUUCAAUUUAUUUAUCUCUCAUGUUAUAGAGGAAACGCAAUAUAGUGUGUACAUCACCAAAGAAUUAUUUUUCUAGUCAGAUUUGGACAAAAUCAAAAUGCCUUGUUACAUUUCCAUAAUUCGUCUGGCACAAGGCUCCAUUGAUGUCGAAUCACACACACAUACUUCAGUUUUUUAGUUUGAUGUGGAAACACCCGUUUAGCUUCUCUCCUCAUGGUCCAAGUGUUAGUUGCAUGGAGAUCUCUCAGAAUAUCUGCUUAUGCACCUAUAAGGAUUUUUGAACAAGGAACUAUACUGUUGGUUACCAAGGAUUUUGAUAGGAGCUGCAUCUUUGUGACCUCAGUGGUGCUGCUUGUAUUAUCUUUUGAGUGACAUUAUAUUGGUAUCAGUUGGAAGAUUCUUAAGCAUUUAAAAAUGCCUGACAUGGUAUGAAUCAAAUUCUGAGGUGGUGUGUUCCAGAUAAAUUCCUUUCCCCUCUCUUUCUAGUUUCGUCUGUGAGCUUUCUACACUGCACAUCAUCCUUGCCAUGCCACCUUGCUCAAGUUGUUUGAGCUCUGGCAGGAAUGGGGUUGCUAUUCUUGCCAUUUAGUUAGAUUUUUCUCUGACCAAUUCCAUGUAUCACCGCACCCAGCCAUAGGGUACUAAGAUUGUCUAUUAGUUUUAUAGUUGUAUAUGACACGGGUUGAGGUUCACAAGUAUGAAGUGUGCUAACUACUUGAGUAGGUUCAUGGUGCUAUAUUGACUUGGACUGGUUCAUCCUUAGCUCUGUGUCCAUCAGCUAUAAUAGUUAGGAUUAACAUGGAAAGAUUUCUACCAUCCUAUAGGGGUAUUUGACUAGGGAGCAGACUGUAGUAAACAAAUAUUCUAACACGCUCGGUUUUUGAUUGGAGAAGAUACUGGGUAUAAUGUUAGUGGCUUUCCUGUUUAAUUAUCACAUGGUGAAGAAGAGAUCAUGCAGAAUCCUGGAUUGAGGUUGAGCUGUCCAUCAUUGGUGUCUCUUUAGAUGGAUCUCCAGAAAUGGGUUACAAUCCGCAGCUUGAAGAUUUGAAGUUCCAGAUUGCUGCAUGAUAUUUGUGUUUUGUCCAUUACCCAGCUGCUAUCUAUUUGUUAUUCUCACUUCUUACAAUCACAUGGCGCCAGCGGCUGUUGAUUAUCCUGGUUCUCCAUGCUUCGAGCCGAAAAUCUCGCCCAGUGUGGCGGAAGAGAAUGAAAUUGGAAAUAUGAUGCUUGCUGGUGAGUCAGAUGUGCAGCCUCCCCAGGAACAGCACAUUUCCAGAAAAGAAUUGACAAGUGAGGAAAUGGUCACUGGAAAUGAAAGACUAGACAAAGGAUACCUUAAAUAUGGGUGUUCUCAUUAUCGUCGGAGGUGCCGCAUUAGAGCUCCCUGUUGCAAUGAGAUAUUCGAUUGUCGUCACUGUCAUAAUGAGGCUAAGAACAGUAUUUCAAUUGAACAGAAGCUCAGACAUGAUGUGCCUCGCCACUUGGUGGAAAAGGUCGUAUGCUCACUCUGCGGCGAGGAACAGGAGGUUCAACAAGUCUGCAAAAAUUGUGGUGUAUGCAUGGGAAGAUAUUUUUGUGCAAUUUGCAAGUUGUUUGAUGAUGAUACGUCUAAGGAACAGUAUCAUUGUGAUGGCUGUGGCAUCUGCAGAAUUGGGGGCGCCAAGAAUUUCUUCCACUGCAAUAAGUGUGGUUGCUGCUACUCUGUGCUUUUAAAAAGCAGUCAUCCAUGUGUGGAGAGGGCGAUGCACCAGAAUUGUCCUGUUUGUUUUGAGUAUCUCUUUGAGUCAAGAAAUGAUGUCAUUGCUUUGCCGUGCGGGCACACCAUUCACAAGUCAUGCCUGGAAGAGAUGAAGGAACACUAUCAGUAUGCUUGCCCAAUCUGCUCCAAAUCAGUGUGCGAUAUGUCAAAGGUAUGGGAGAAGUUUGAUGUGGAGAUUGCAGCUACGCCCAUGCCACCAUAUUGUGAGAACAAGAUGGUAUCUCCUUUCCUCCUAGCCAAACACUCCAACAAAACCCCUGCCCCAAAAAAAAGCAAGAAAAAAGCACAGACACACAGAUAUCCCUGUUUUUCACUUGAACUUUGUACUUGGAUGAUUGGUUUGGAUUCUUUGUAAUGAUUGUGGAUGCAAUUCCGAAGUAAAAUAUCAUGUCGUGGCCCAUAAAUGCCCUAAUUGCAAGUCCUACAACACCCGUCAAACAAGAGGCCUCCGCAGAUAGAUAUGUAUGAGUGAUAUUUUGGUUUAGGCUAGAUGUGCCUCUUGCUGCGCAAUGAGAGCAAUUGCUGUUGCUGGAAGCACCUUGGAGGUUGUUUGUUGUAGCCGAAUUUAGCUGAGAAGCAAGGGAAUAUGUAACUUAUAGUGUACAUUCUCCUCUUUGUAGUUUCUUCUUUUUGUGCAAUACUAAUUCUUGUGUUCUUGUUA